UUUCCCAGUCAGUUACAUGAGUCCCCAAUACAGCUAACGGUGUUACUACGUAGUACACGACGCAAAAGUUCCCAUUUUCCCAAUCCAGUCAUAUAAUCAAGCCCUCUAAGUAGUACAGUGAGUAAGGACAAUGAUUGCUUAGGCAUGGGACCUUUCAGAGGCUGCCUUUAGUAUUUAUAAAGAGUCUACCUCCGGUAUUAUCAUACCAACUCCCCUGAAGGUUAGCUUAACAUACAUAAGCCAGCCAAUAACAAAUAAGAUCGAUAAAGCAUCAGGAGUCCAGACGAAAGAUGGCCAGAUCAAGAUCUUCGAGCUCUUCUAGUAGCAGUUCUUCUAGCAGCAACUCAUCUAGCCCUAAAAAGUCUCGCACGGAACGAGCAGCGAACGAUGGAGAGCAUCAGAACGCACACAAAUAUUCGGCUUCUGAUAUCGUAGCCCAGCUCCCAUCUCUAUGGCGCUACAUGCGGCGCGAUUCCUCGUUCGGGCCCGAAGCCACCGAUGGGAACGAGGGAGUAGCCGAACAGAGCAACGGUAUUCUUAGUAUGCCCUUGUUUCGAGGCCGCUGGCAGUCUACUAAAUCCGCAAAGAAGGUUCCGACCUCGCGAUCCCAUAGUUCGGAACCCCUGUUGCGGUGCGAUAACGAUAUGCCCGAAGCUCACCAGAGUUAUCUGUCAACGGCAGAACGAACCGAUGAGGAACAGUCGUCAAAGACUUGCAAGAGCCGCUUGCGGAACUGCUGGGGUGGUCUACUAGUGUACCUACGACUUCGAGACGCAUAGGUAGUAUGGUAGUCUGCCUGUCUGUUUGUCUGUAAGAGGAGGGGGUCUGUGCGUAGCUUUUUGACAACUAGGGGAGUUUAGUUUCAUGCGUAUCUUGCGGUCGUAUUUGCGACGAGGGCAUUUCUGAUAAAUAUAAGUCCCA